AUGAAGAAAUCUAGUUUCUUCAAAAUAGUAUCAUUGUUGUGCUCAUUACUAGUCAUAAUACCUAUAUUAUUAGUACCGGCCGAAGAAGCAACAACAGACGUUGGUACAGAAGCUGAACAAUUUGCUGAAGAAGAUCAAAUACAAAAAGAAAGAAUUGAAUUAAGAAAUAAACUUGAAAAUUAUGUUUAUACAACUAAAAGUCAAUUAGAUGAUAAUGGUGAACUCGGAAAGAAAAUCAGUGAAGAAGAUAAGAAAACAAUCAAAGAUGCGAUUAAGAAAACUAUUGAUUGGUUUGAUGAAUUUUCAAGUUCAGCCACUAAAGAAGAUUUCGAAGAAAAAAUAGAAGAAAUAGAAGCUAUUGUAAAUCCAAUUACAAGUAAAUUAUAUUCGUCAGAUCCAUCAGAUGAAAAAUCAACAACUGACGAGGAUGAUGAAUUGCCAACACACGGAGAAUUAUAA